AUGGAGAUCGAGAUCAAGAUUAGACUGGCAUCGGAGGAACACACCGCAAGACUCGAACAUGCAUUAGGAGGAUCGCCUGUCAGUGUCGAGGACCAAGACAAUGUCUUUUUUGAUGGCGUGAACAAGGAGUUGAUCAAGAAUAAGCUGGUGUUCCGAAUUCGAGUGAUUGAAAAGUCCGGCAAGGAGCCCGUGGCUGUUGUCGCCCUCAAGGGCAAUGCCGUCCUGAUUGACGGUAUCGCCUCCGUCGAAGAGGAAGAAGAAGCUAUUGAGAUUGACCUUGCUAGACGAAUUAUCGAGAACCCCGGCCUGAUCCCGGAGGCCGCAAACAGUCACCGUUUGUUGAAAAAGAUUGUCAAUCGCAUCCCUUGCAGCGAGGGCUACUCCCACAUGGGCCGGUUCAGGAACGUUCGACACAAAUAUCAGUGGCAGGACUAUCUUGUCGAAGUUGAUCGAACCUCGUACCCUCAUGGAACAGCAUACGAGAUCGAAAUCGAAUCGACGGACCCUGAAAAGGCCAAGUCGCGUCUGUAA